UGGUGUUUGACAACACGCUGCUAUCGCUUUUGUCGAUAACUUUUUAGUAAUGAAAGACCUUUAACCUACUAAAAUCAUUGUCGCAAUUUUCAUAGAUAGUUCGUAAAAUUGUAAAUACAGUAAGUCGCAAAAGGUCAGUGCUGCUGAGCAACAAAUAUAUUCAUUUAUGAAAUCAUUGUUGCGCAGAAAGAAUUGAACACAGGAAUAUGAAAAUAAUCGAAUCGAAACGGCACGUCUAAAAGGUUGAUGUACAAUAUUGUAACACUCAGUGCAUAGCGGCAUCCAGUGCAGUAAAUAAACUAUCCAAACAAGAUGGAAUCCAAAGUUGGUGCAGAUCCCAACUCGGCCUACGACAAGGAAAUCGGCAAUAAUCUACACAACGAUGACUCCACAUUUCUGGGCAACAUUCUGCGCGAAAUCCUGUACAGUCCAAUGAACCUGGCUCUCUUGGCCAUCAUCUGUUUCCUGGUCUAUAAAAUCGUUCGUGAUCGCACUGAAGUGCCAUCCGUGGGCGUUGCAAAGCCAUCCGAACCGGAAUUACCCAAAAUUCGCCGCGAUUUCACCGUGAAGGAGCUGCGCCAGUACGAUGGAAAUCAGCCGGAUGGCCGCGUUUUGGUCGCUGUCAAUGGAAGUGUUUACGAUGUUUGCAAAGGAAGGCGUUUCUACGGUCCAGGUGGACCCUACGCAACUUUUGCGGGAAGAGAUGCCUCCCGAAACUUGGCCACUUUCAGCGUGCAUGCAAUAGAUAAGGAUGAAUACGAUGACCUGAGCGAUUUAAGUGCCGUCGAAAUGGACUCUGUGCGGGAAUGGGAAAUGCAGUUUAAGGAAAAAUACGAGCUGGUUGGCAAGCUUUUGCGCAAAGGCGAGGAACCAACCAACUAUGACGAUGAUGAGGACGAGGAGAAUAUUAAUAAUGAUGAACAAGAACGAAAGAACCUACCCAAGUCGAAAACUGAGACUGAUGACACCAAACAAGAAAGUCACAUUUUGCAAGGCAAUGCAACAAACAAAAACAACGCACAAAAUCAGCCCACUUCUUCUACCGACUGUUAGCGAAAUCGGUUUUUUUGUUUUGCUUUUGGAUGUGGCUGUAAUAGUUUAUUUUCGGUUAGAAACACAACAAAACUAAAUAGCAUUUCCGACUCUUUUGAUGCUGCCUCUGCUCCUUCAAAACCGAGAA